UGGUGCCAAAUGCAAUGACCUGGCACAACACACUCCUCUAUAUGUUGUACCCACUUCUCUUCUUUUGCCCCAGCAGUCAGAUCUGUGUCACUCUGUGCCUACUGUACUUGUUGCAGUGUUUUACUAAAGUCCUAUCCUUUGUGCUAAUAGCCCUGUCCUCAUUUGCUGCCUAACUGGACUAUAUAAAGCCAAUAAGAGCUGAGUCCUUGCAGCCUGGAGCCAGAGUCCUGAUGGUGAGGAGUUGGGCAGUGCUGCUGCUGUGCUCAGCCUUCCUCCUCCUCCUCCUCCCCCCAUCCCUCCACCUCCUGGUCCUCUUCUCUCCAUCCCUCCUCCUCCUCCUCUUUGACUCUUCCUCCUCUCUCUUUUUCCCAGUUGCUAUCAGCCUUCCCAGUUUGCAGGUGCUGACUGCUACUCCCUGGAUGGCUGUUUAGUUUGUCCUUGUACCUUGUCGGCCCUUCCUUCCAAAUGUUUGCUUGGGAGUUGUAGUCCCCAUUGCCAGCUUCUCGCCUGCUUCAGCAAUCUCCUGGAUUUGGGGGGUUACAUUGGAAAAGAAAAGAAAAAAAAAAAAAAGAACUUUCAUUUUUUUUUUACAUUUUUUUUUUAUUUUUGGUUAAUGGUUACAGCUGACCUUAGCCAUGCCUGAAACGGGACCAGAUAGCAAUAGCACCCCGGCCAAGGAGUCACCCUUCUCCAUCAAGAGCCUCCUGACUUGUGAGCCCCCUAAAGCAGUUCGCCCACCCAAAGCUCUCUUCACUCCUAUCAAGGGGACCCUGGAUGGAGCAGCCUUUGCCUUAUCUCCCCUGACAGAUCUCUCAUUUCCCAGGCUGGAGUUCCCGACUCAGAGGUUCGCUCUACCUGCACAUUAUUUGGAGAGGUCCCCUGCAUGGUGGUACUCCUACACAUUGACGCAUGGAGGUCAUACACCCAGAACUGAAGUCCCUGAGAAGAGCCUUCUGCUUGGUCCCUCUUCACCUAUCUCUGGUGGGGAAAGAGAAUCUCCAGAACCCAUCCAUAGCCUGAAACAAGAGCUGGACCACAAGGAGAAUGACUCCAAGAGUCCAGAAGAAAUCAUCCUGGAAGAAAGUGAAUCUGAAGAAGGGGGCAAGAAGGAUGAGAGUGGUGAGGACUGGAAGAAAAGGGAGGACAGCCCAGACAAGAAGCCCUGCAGGAAGAAGAAGACCAGGACAGUGUUCUCCAGGAGCCAGGUCUUCCAGCUGGAGUCCACGUUUGACAUGAAGAGGUAUCUCAGCAGCUCAGAGAGGGCAGGACUGGCAGCUUCCCUCCAUUUAACAGAAACCCAGGUCAAGAUCUGGUUCCAGAACCGUAGAAACAAGUGGAAAAGGCAACUGGCAGCAGAACUUGAAGCUGCCAACCUGAGCCAUGCAGCUGCCCAGAGAAUAGUGCGAGUGCCCAUAUUGUACCAUGAGAACUCCUCCAGCGCAGAGAGUGCCAGCUCUGCAGCCAAUGUGCCAGUCAGCCAGCCCCUACUGACAUUCCCCCAUCCAGUCUACUACUCCCAUCCUGUGGUCACAUCAGUCCCACUGCUGAGGCCAGUCUGAGGGCAUUUCCUUGGCACCUGAUUAUUAUUUUGUGUGGUAGGGAAGGACAUCUAUUUUAUAAGAACCUCUGGUGGACAGGACAAUCCACCAUUAUUUAAAGCUGCAGGACUUCUCUCAAAUAUUUGUAAGUAUUGAAAGUGUCUCGAGUUCUGCGACAUUUUGUGGGAACUCUCAAAAGGAGGACUUCUUAAAAUACAGGUUUCAACUUUUUUUUUUUUUAGUUGAACAAAUCUCCCCAAGAUUCAUUUUAUUAUGUUUAAUAAUAAUAAAAAAAAGGGCAAAUAUUAUUUCAUCAGUUUCUUCUUCAAUGUGCCAAAUACUGAACCCCCUGGCACCAAGUGAUGACACUAAACAGCGAGCACUGUAAUAUCUUAUUGUGUUCUGGCGCAUUCACUGUAUACACUAUGGUUUUGCUCAUUUUUGUAAAACAAAAAACAAAAAAUCUGUUGAAUUAAUGUUAUUAUUAUAAUUUUUUAUAUAUAUAAAACCGUCGAUCUGUUAUUUAUUAUAUAAUUCUUUUAUGAUUCUGUCUUCAGAGCCCCUGGUUCGGUUCUUUUCUUGUAGAACAUUCUCUCGAAUGAACAUUGACGACUUGAAACAAACUGUAACAUUAUUAUUAUUAUUAUUUUAUUUUUUAUGUUAUUAAUAUAUAUUUCUGGAUUGUGCAAUAGAAGAGAGAAGGUUCACAGCCCCUUUUAUUGUGAUGGUCACAUUACAAACAUACAACACCUUAGCAAUGUCAUUGUUAAAUACAAAAAAAAAAAAAAAAAAGUAGUUUGAAUUAAAACACACACACACACACACAUAUACAUACACACACACAUAUACACACAUACACACACACAUAUACACACAUACACACACACAUAUACACACGUACACACAUACACACACACAUACACAUAUACACACACACACACACACAUACACACACGUACACACAUACACACACAUACACAUAUACACACACACACACAUACACACAUAUACACACACAUACACACACAUACAAUAUUUGCAGUUUGUAGUUUGAAUUAAAACACACACACACAUACACAUAUACACACACACACAUACACAUAUACACACAUACACACACAUACACAUAUACACACAUACACACACACAUAUACACACAUACAAUAUUUGCAGUUUGUAGUUUGAAUUAAAACACACACACACAUACACAUAUACACACACACAUACACACACAUACAUACAAUAUUUGCAGUUUGUAGUUUGAAUUAAAACACACACAUACACAUAUACACACACACAUAUACACGUAUACACACAUACACACACAUACAUACAAUAUUUGCAGUUUGUAGUUUGAAUUAAAACACACAUACACACAUACACAUAUACACACACACAUACACAUAUACACACAUACACACACAUACACAUAUACACACAUACACACACAUACACAUACAUACACAUAUACACACAUACACACAUACACAUAUACACACAUACACACAUACACAUAUACACACACACAUACACAUAUACACACAUACACACACAUACACAUAUACACACAUACACACACAUACACAUACAUACACAUAUACACAC